GGCCAGGGAACCUGACAUGGCCUCGGCUCUCUCCCUCCAUCCUUUUCGAUUCCGACAGACUUGUGGGUCAAAGCUCUCAGUCCAUCCCUUUAUUAUAACACCCCUUCAGGACUGCAGAUUUGCGUGAGAAAUACCACAGGGGGAGAGAGACAGAGAGAGGAGAUUCCAUUGCGAUAUUAGGCUAAGCUCUAUUGGUUCUAAUGCAAUGCCGACAACAUACCUCGUUGGAAAGGAUGUUGCAUUUGAUGCUGUGAGGUUGUAUAUAUAAUUCCUCAGCUUUUGUUCUUCUGCUUGUAGUGCUUGGUAGGCAGGAAAGCAAUGGAGCUUGAUGAGCAUGGCUUCUUGGAGGAGCUGCUUUCCCUGAGAAGAGAUGCAUGGGACUCCUUUCCGGCGGGAAUGGGCGAGUUCUUCUCCUGUGAAGGGAACAUGGACUGCUUCCAGCAGAGCUCUGCGCUGGUCCCUCCCAGCUUUACUGCCUUCGACGGCGGCGUCGCCAUGACCGUGGAUCCUAAUUUCGACUGCUUGAGCGAAUUGUACUGUCCGCUAGGCGGCGGCGUGUACACGGCGGCCACGACGGCGGCGCCGGAGAUCCAGACCUCGUCGGUCAGGUCGACGCUGGACGACGGCGAGCUCGGCCUCGUCCAUGGAGAGUGGCAGAGCGCGUGCAAAGUGGAGGUGGCGCAGUCCGGGGAGGCGCCGAGUAUGUUCGAACUGAGCGGCUGCGUGGAGAGGAAGCAGAAGAAGAAGCUCGAGGGGAUGCCUUCCAAGAAUCUAAUGGCGGAGCGGCGGCGAAGGAAACGGCUCAACGAUCGGCUAUCCAUGCUGCGAUCUGUUGUUCCCAAGAUCAGCAAGAUGGACAGAACAUCCAUUCUCGGGGACACCAUCGACUACAUGAAGGAGCUGUUGGAGAGGAUCAAGCGCCUGCAGGAGGAGAUCGACGGCAGCCCGGAGCAGGCGAGUCUACUGAGCAUCUUCAAGGAGUUGAACUCCAACGAGGCCUUGGUGAGGAACUCCCCCAAGUUCGAGGUGGAGAGACGAGACAACGACACCCGAAUCGAGAUCUGCUGCGCGGCCAAGCCGGGUCUGCUGCUGUCGACGGUGAGCACCCUGGAGGCGCUGGGACUGGAGAUCCAACAAUGCGUGGUGAGUUGCUUCAGUGACUUCGGCAUGCAGGCGUCUUGUUCCGAGGACAUGGAUCAGAGGGCAGUCGUAAGCGCCGAGGACGUAAAGCAGGCGCUCUUCAGGAAUGCAGGAUAUGGAGGAAGGUGUUUGUAGAAGAAGAUGCAGCAGCAGAAUGCAGGGGCUUACAGAUGAAUAAUGCUUCUAUGUAAUGUUUUCCUUUGUAGCGAAGGUGAUUAGAUCAGUGUGUGAAGUGUGUUCAUCUACUUCACAUGGUGA